GCCUGGACCGGGUAUUAGAUCCCGGAGUCACGUAGCUCUGCAGCAGAACCGUUUACACCGGGUGAAGCAGAGCAGCUUGUAGUGCGCAAACAGGAUACAGGUGAGUGUCAGUCCGACUCAUCUGCCGCUGGAGAACCUACAAAAUGACCCACCAAUACCCAGCGCUCGGUGCUGAGCAGAAGAAGGAACUGGCAGACAUAGCACAGCAGAUUGUAUGCAAGGGGAAGGGUAUUUUGGCUGCAGACGAAUCUGUGGGAAGCAUGGCCAAACGUCUGAAUGGUAUUGGGGUAGACAACACGGAGGAGAACAGACGUCUGUACCGACAGAUUCUGUUCAGCGAUGAUGAGCGUAUGCAGCAAUGCAUUGGUGGUGUCAUCUUCUUUCAUGAGACCAUGUACCAGCAGGGGGACUGUGGCACCAACUUUGUAAAGAUGAUUAAAGAUAAAGGCAUUCUUGUUGGCAUUAAGGUGGAUAAAGGUGUAGUUCCUCUUGCUGGCACUGAUGGGGAAACCACAACUCAAGGUUUGGAUGGACUGUCAGAGCGUUGUGCACAGUACAAGAAAGAUGGUGCUGACUUUGCUAAGUGGAGAUGUGUGCUAAAGAUUAGUGAGCACACCCCUUCUUCUCUGGCUAUCAUGGAAAAUGCCAAUGUACUUGCUCGCUACGCCAGCAUCUGCCAGCAGAAUGGUAUUGUUCCUAUUGUGGAGCCAGAGAUCCUACCUGAUGGAGACCAUGACCUGAAACGUUGCCAGUAUGUCACUGAGAAGGUUCUUGCAGCUGUGUACAAGGCUCUAAGUGAUCAUCAUGUGUACCUGGAGGGCACUCUACUGAAACCCAACAUGGUUACUCCUGGCCAUGCUUGUCCAAACAAAUAUAGUUCUGGAGAGAUCGCCAUGGCAACAGUAACCGCCCUUCGUCGAACUGUUCCCCCUGCAGUCCCAGGAGUUACUUUCCUGUCUGGUGGUCAGAGUGAGGAGGAAGCCACUAUUAACUUGAAUGCAAUGAACAACUGUCCCCUGGCCAGACCCUGGGCUCUUACUUUCUCUUAUGGACGUGCCCUGCAAGCUUCUGCUCUGAGUGCUUGGCGUGGGAAGAAGGAGAAUGAAAGUGCUGCUGCUGAGGCGUUCUUGAAAAGGGCAGAGGUCAAUGGACUUGCAGCCUGUGGAAAGUAUGAACACAGUGGUGACGAUUCGGGAGCAGCUAGCCAGUCUCUGUAUGUUGCCAACCACGCCUACUGAGCAUGACAGACCAGGGACCACUGGCCUGCAGAAUUCUCAACAAACCACAUUCACGUGGCCAUCCCUGAAGCCACAGCUUGGAAAAGCCACAGCCAUUUCCCACCUAGCAUCUUAUAACCUUACACUGCCAGUGUGGAGUCUUUGUAGCUUGCGCAGCGAUAGCGGUGGCUCUUGGGUGCAAGCAUUGGAUUCAGAACAUGUCAAGUAGUGUACUUAGUCAUGUUUAACUAUUUUCCUAAUAGAUCUCUUAUUUGUAAGGAAUAAUGUUUAGAGUAAAAAGAAAAAUGUUAUUUUAGUAUUUUACAGAAUGUGAUCUAACUUGUGAUAUACGUAUGACCUGAGGGUCCGAUAAAGGAAAGUUAGUUACAUGAACGGUUGAGUAAGUUGUUUGAUGGUAGUACACUGAUCUGAUGUCUGUCGCCUACACCAGAACAGGCACUGUUCAAAUCCUAGUCUUAUUUUUGUCUUGGAAAGAUUUUCCAGUGAGCCAUUACUCUUCACCCUGGCACAGUUAUGUGAAAGGCCUUGCACUUUGCGGUACAUCUAUUGAGUGGUGGUGUGCGGUCUAUAUACCUAGCAGUCAAUCUAUGCCAUAUGUAACAUGGACUGAAUUUAGAACAGGUAUGCCAUCAAGCAAAGCUGAUUUAAAGUUACUGCUGUGCAUAUUGUGAAAAUAGUGUUGUCUCUGUAUGCAACCAAUGUACCAAAGUUACAAAAAUAAAACUAUAGUGAAAUUAAAA